CCGAGUUUCAGACAACAGAGUGUCUUAGGUAUACCGCAGGUAUACAAAUUUAAAAAAAUGGCACUCCUCAAAUUUGAAAAUAUGUUUGCUGUUGCUGUUGCUGUAUUGAUAUGCAUUCAAGCUCUUCAUCCUUCGAUAAUGGUAUCCGGGCAUGUCAUAGAAAAGCGAGGAUCAGAAACCGAUCAUGCAGCUCAAGGAGCUGCUACAGCCGGAGAUGUAAUAGCAGCUACCGGUGGUGUUAUAGCCGCAGGAUCGCUGUCUGCAGGUCCAUUUGCACCAGUUGUAGCGGCAGUUGGAGGAAUAACCUCUGCCGCUGGAGGUUUGGUAUCAGUGAUUUCAAGAGCAGCCGAUCAGUCGUGUCGUGAAUUUGGUUGUCAUAAAAACUACUGUUGGUCUUACUGUAGCUUAGGAAAUCAAUGGUGCUAUACAACCAAAACAUAUUCUCAAAGUUAUUCAUAUGUAUCUUGUACACGCGAUGAUGAAUGUAAUGGAUGUUGGAAAUGUGGAGGUCCAUGCACGUUGUGAAAAAGUCAACGAGAACCCGGUGAUGUGUUUUCAUUUAUUAAUCAUAUCAUUUAUGUUAAAUGAAUUUAUAAAAAUAAAUCAGUUGCAUUAAUCAAAAUAUAAUUCAUAAUAGUUAUGUAUUUUUUUGUUAAAAAAAACCUUUAUCAAUUACAAGUCAUCAUGGGGCAACUUAUCUAGAUUGUAAAACACUGAUGAACGCUUUUGUAUAAUAUGUAACUCAUCUAAUUAAUAAUUAUUGAUAACCUAUUUGUAAUUCAGCCAAACAACCGUUUACACUGUAUGUUUUAAUUGUUUGUUAAUUGUACAAAAUCAAAAUAAUAUACAAUACAAUACUUUUUUUAUUUGCAAA